GCCAUAUUGACUUGCAUCUGCUGAACGUUAACGAACUCACGAAGUGCAGUGCCAUUUGGUCAAGGUAUUUUGCUUGUGAUUUCCUCUCUGUUUUGCCUUGUUUAUGUAAAGGUUAUAUAGUCUGGAGAGACAAUGUUUGUUCUGGCUGAGAUGGUGGACACAGUACGCAUUGAGCCAUGGUUGUUCAAUGCCAAACCAAUCGAUGCUAUCACUGAAGAACUCAACAAGAAACUGGCAAACAAAGUUGUACCGAAUGUUGGACUCUGCAUCGCUCUUCAUGACAUAGUGAAGAUGGAAGACUCUCAUAUCUUCCCUGGUGAUGGUGCAUCUCAUACUAAAGUACACUUUAGGUUUGUUGUCUUUCAUCCCUUCAUGGAUGAGAUUCUAAUUGGACGAAUCAGAAGCUGUAGCCGUGAUGGUGUGCAUAUAUCUUUAGGUUUCUUUGAUGACAUUGUAGUUCCACCAGAAGCGCUCCAGCAACCCUGUAAAUUUGAUGAGACGGAGCAGCUGUGGGUGUGGCAGUAUGAAGCAGAAGAAGGCACACAUGAUAUGUUUAUGGAUAUCAACGAAGAGAUUAGAUUCAGAGUAGUAGAUGAAGUCUUCACUGAUACCACGCCUGUUGGUCCUGAGGAUGGCUUGGAGGCGGGAGCGGAGGAGAACGAAACAAAGAAAUCUCCUUACAGUCUGGUGGGGUCCAUCAGUGAACCAGGUCUAGGGCUAUUGGCUUGGUGGUCCAACAUGUGAAGAGAUGGACUUCAUGAACGAUAGUCUGUACUAGCUGUCUCCAAGACAAACCAUGGCAAUAUGGCAGAGGCUGAAAGCUGACAGGAUGAUGGCAAGAUGGAAUCAGGAUGAUAGAAACCCAGCGGAGUGAUGUGUAAGGUCAAGAGAUAAAAGUAAAAUAUAUGAAAAGGUGGAUUACAGACUGCAAGUGAUAAAGGGGAAGAAAUAUGAAGGGUAGGAACAGAGCGAAGCCACAUCAUAUUGUGAUUGGCGUAAACAAAAAUGUGUUAUGAAAAGCUGAAUGAUGGAACAGAGUCAUUGUCUGAAAGGAUAAUGAUAUAUGGGUCAGCUUGGAGAGGACAGGGCGAGAAGACAUUUUUUAUGUUGAUAGAGAUAAAAAAUACAGGUACUGAUAGAUGAAGGAGAUGGUGAUGUGAUGAGAAGAAUGGAAUGAAAAGAAGACUGUGGGAAAGAACCUGGAAGAGAUGGGAUCUAUGAAAGGUGCAGGCAGUUAAAAAAUGCCUUUCCAAUGUGGGAUAAAAGAGUAUCGGUCAAUAGCCAUGUUCAGACAGGGUUUCCUAGUUGGCAUAACUUUUUCCCUGCAGCAAUAAAUAUUCCAUUAGUUGUCCAUAUGCUAUAUGAAUGAAUGCAUCAUUUUGUUUACUAUCUAGAAAAAUGAACAAGACAAGCUCUCUUUAGUGAAAGAUAUGGUUUUGUUUUCAAAUAGAAGAA